ACUCGGUUCCGGCCGGUUGAUACUUGAAAACAGAGCCUCUACACUGUAUUUACUACAACGCUGCAAGAACUCUUAUAUAGAAAAAGAACAAAAGAAGGCAGCAAAAUCUGAAAAAAUACAGGAAAUUUAUAGACACUUGUGUAUCUAUAUAUCACUAUCAUCAGUAUUCUUUUUCAUUAACUUGCACCUCUUGUUAGCAUAUCAUUGUAUUGUAGAUAUGAAAUCUGUCCCUGCAACUUAAUUUGUUCAUAGAAGUUAGCUGUAAACUUCUCAGCCUUGAGAUCAAUAUUCCCUUUCUCUUCUUGGCAUGGAAACAUUUCAGAGGGUUGUUUAUCAUCCCAGUCACCCCAUAGUCGUCUUCUUUUUCAUCAUCAUCAGCUUUGAUGAGAAAACUGUUCCUGCCGCCUUUGUUACAGAUUCCAUCUAUAUCGUCCAAGUAGUCGCCCUUGAAAUCGAAAUCGACAUGGGGUGGAUUUAAACAUAGAAUUUGAAAUCUCGGCGAAGGGGGGCGAUGCAUUUUGAAGUGGAAGAGAGGCGUCUUGUCGAAAGAUAUCUCCCUCCCGUAACGAAUAGAGACCCGAUCGGAAGCGCUGCAUAGGUUCUUGAUGUGGUUGGGCAGGAGUCGUCAACCGGAGCGGUCGCCGGUGCCGGAGUAGGAGAGCUCGGGUGAAGGGGAGAAGAACGGGGUCAGGGAACGGCCAGUUUAAGCACGAGGGAUCGGUUGAAGGGGCUGAAAUGUUGAAAUGAGGGUUUUGGGGCUCACGGAACAAGUUAACGACCGUUUCGUUAGUCCUGCACGUGGGAAUAUUAACCGCGUGCGAAUAGACAAGUGGCGGACGCUCGAUGUGUGGGGCGAGAAGUGGUGGGGCGCAGAUUUGAACUCAUCGAUUCGAGCCGAAAGGACGCGCCGACGCGGUGCUUGCUUCGCGAACAAGAAAAAUGGACUUUGGUAGUGAGAGAUGUCGAAUUCCAUUCGGGCAUAUGGCUACUCCCGAUCUCCCGCCCAAACUGCUGAGUCGCAUCAGCGCCUCAUACAAUCAAACGCCGACAACUGUCCUUCCUCGCAGCUCCUCUUCAUGCGUACGGCUCCAAAAUUCACCCAUUCCCCAUUCCUGCUCUCGACGUGUUCACUCUCCUCCACUGAAUUCGGAAUCCAGAAGUUCUCCGGCGUCGACGAUCCUUUCGGUAGUCACACCGUCCGGAGAAGGUCAGCAAUGCCACCGAGAAGGAGAAACAAAAAGGUGGGUCUAAAACGUAUGGAUGCUGCAGUUGAUGCCUUGUUUCAGAUGGGGUUUUCUAAGAGCCUAGUUAGGAACACAGUGAAAAACCUCCUCAAGGUUUAUGGCGGAGAUGAUGGGUGGCCCUUCAUUGAAGAGGGUUCUUACAAGCUUGUACUUGAUACAAUCUUGGAAGAACAGGAGAAGCAGUGGGUUGUGGUUCAGAAAGAUGAAUCAUUGAAAGAUGCUGAAGCUGAACUAGUGUCCAUCGAACCUCAAUGUGUAAUGCAAGUUGGAAUAGAAGAAGGCUCUCAAGAGCUGGAUGGUCAAAAGUUAUUGAUCGAAACAACCUUGCCUUCCAUGGCUCUUUCGGAAUGCACACCAUCACCUGUGGUUGGUGUCCCACAACAGAGGCGAAGACCCUAUUAUGGGUGGAUCACUAGUGAUGAUGAGGAGGAAAUUGUUUACCUCCAAACAAUGGAUGAUGCAUUGAGGCGCCCAGGAGUCGAUGUUGGACGGGCUUCUAACAGAACUCGCAAGAGGCGGUGGGAUGUGAAGCCAGAAGACAUGUAAAUUUAGAACAUUUGGCUUUGUAGAUAACUCAUGGUAUAAGUGUGUAAUUACAUUAGAACAUUUAGCUUUGUAC